AAUGGCUCCCGCCUGCAGGUGGGGUGGGUGAAGGCGGACACGAAGGCUAUACAAGCGAUCCACAACCACGUGAUCACCCACAACGCGCGGGUGCACGUCACCCACAGCGACCGCAACACGUGGCUGCUGCACAUCCGCGGGGUCCAGGAGGAGGACCGGGGGCCCUACAUGUGCCAGAUCAACACGGACCCCAUGCGGUCCCAGGUGAGGGUCUGGGGUCCCUACAUGUGCCAGAUCAACACGGACCCCAUGCGGUCCCAGGUGGUGUGGCAGCGCGAGGACAUGCGGCCAAUCACGGUGCGGGGUACUGGCAGCAACCAAUCACCAUCCAGGGUCAAAAUCCCCCCCGUGAUCCACGUGCCCAACCAGCUGAUCUCAGCGCGGGAGGGCGCCCCCCUCCGCCUCGAGUGCAACGUAGAGGCCUCACCCAAGAGCAUCCAGUACUGGACCAACGAGCAGGGCGAAAUGUUGAUCACGACGGACACGAUGUUCAUCAACGAGACGUUGAGCAGCUACUUCAACACGCGGAUGUUGUUGACGGUUGAACAUUUUCAACCCCACCACGCCGGCCGCUACCACUGCACCGCUAAGAACUCACUGGGCGACAUCACUAGUGUCAUCAACGUGUAUAUGGUUCGGCCUCAGACCGAGCCUCCCCCGCCACCAUCUUCAUCAGACAACCACCGCAACCAGUCACCACCAUCAUCAACCACCAACCGUCAUCACCACAACCACUACAACCACGAUUUGGAUGACAACCACAUUAACGGGAACUCUCUAGACCGCUACCAGGACUGGUCCACCACCAGGUAUGGUGGUAGUCACUACACGCAUUACAACCACGUGACACUACCUACCCAACCUACUGGUAGAACUAGGUAUUUUAUCCCCAUAGAUACUAGUGCUGCUAGUGCGCUGCAUGGUAUGUCCCGAUACCCCACACACGGGGUACUGAAAUAUCUACCAGGUUUUUACCAGGGUAUCUACCAGGGUAUCUACCAAGGUAUAUACCAGGAUAUCUACCAGGGCAUCUCCCAGGGGAUCUACCAGGGUAUAUACCAAGGUAUCUACCAGGGUAUCUACCAGCGUAUCUACAAGGGUACAUACCAGCGUAUCUACCAGGUUAUUUACCAGCGCAUCUACCAAGGUAUAUACCAGGAUAUCUACCAGGAUUAUAUACUGGCGAGUGUAUCUGCGAUGUGUAGAUGGUAUUUAUACGUACUGACGAACAUCUCGAAUUAUUUAAUCUUGACCAGCAACAAUUUUUGAGCUUCCGAGCCUAAAAUAUGUUCUUCUUUGUAUGGAUAGAAAUUCGUUAAGGAGCAUUCAUGUUCCAACAUUUUACGGAUUUAAUAAUUACCUCUAUGGAUAUUAGGUAUAUGAUAAUAAUGAUUUCCUAUAUAAUUAGAAGUUAUGUUAAUAAUGUACAAUGUUACUGUACAUAAGGUAACAUAUUGGUAGGAAAAUUUGUAGAAUUACCCACUAAAAAAGGGAACUUGAACGAAAUGUCCAAUAUAUGACAUCCUACAGACUAUAUAACAUUUCCUGUACAUGAAGUUCAUGUUCGUACAUGUAAGGUAUUUUACUAAACAUGCCAGGAGGUAACGUAUCAGUGAUAGUGGGUAACUAAUGUAUUCCAUGUUGCCAGCGACCGUAUGUAACUAAUGUAUUCCAUGUUGCGAGCGAUCGUGGGUAACUAAUGUAUUCCAUGUUGCGAGCGAUCGUGGGUAACUAAUGUAUUCCAUGUUGCCAGCGAUCGUAGGUAACUAAUGUAUUCCAUGUUGCCAGUGAUCGUGUGUAAAUAAUGCAUUACAAUUUACAUUAAAUAUAAUAUUUACAUGCAUUAGCUAAAAUGUCGUCGCCAUAUGCUGGGAAGCUUGUAAAAUGCUAUUAACUUUUGUGAGUAACAAGAGACGAUAUUAUAGGCAUAGUUACUGAUCACCUAUUUAUUAAGUAAUUGUUAAUAAUUAGCCACGAAGAAUGUUGAUGAAGUUUUGAAUGUCUGUUUUAA